AUGGAGGAGAUGGAAAACAUGGGGGUAAAGAUGCAGAGGGAUGGAGUUGGAAUUGGAUCUGGCUUUGGGGGAUUGAUGAAAAGAGGAAUUGGAGCCUCCAAUCUUGAGCCAUUUGAUUCUGGAUUUCUAGAAGAAAACUCUCUUUUUGGGAACUCGAUUAGAGAUGUCACCGAAGGUGGAAUGAUUCCAGGAUUUGAGAGCAGUUUUGACAUUCCUGAGCUUUUUGGAAAAGGCCAUAAGAGGAGAGGAAAAGGCCUGAACAGGCAGGCUCCAAGCUUCACAAACCGUGGGGAGGAAGUUAUGGUGGAGGUCCACAUAUCAAAGAAUUUGAAAGGUAAAGCACUUUGCCUGGCUCUUGGGAAGAAAGGCAUUUUUGUGACUGUUGUUGAUUUAUUUGAAGAAAAGGGAAAGGAAGUUGUUUCCCUUGUUGAGCAGGAGAAUGCCAAAUUCCACUCCAAAUUAAAAUUUCCUUCAUCAAUUUUUAUUCGGUGUGAUGUGACUAAUACAAGAGAUAUAGCAGCAGCUUUCGACAAGCAUUUGGUGACAUAUGGAGGGCUGGAUAUAUGUAUCAAUUCUGCUGGUAUAAUCACUCCCACAUCAUUUUAUAAAGAUGAAUCCGAUGGCAGCAAUUCAUGGAGACGUACUAUAAAUAUAAACCUAAUUGGAGUCAUUGACUGCACACGUCUUGCGAUUCGAACUAUGCAAACUGCACAGAAGCCUGGUGUAAUUAUAAAUUUAGGAUCUGCUUCAGGGCUUUAUCCAACAUUUGAUGACCCUAUUUACUCUGGUUCAAAAGGUGGUGUGGUUUUAUUUACUAGAUCACUCCUUCCUUAUAAGCGUCAAGGAAUUCGUGUCAAUGUGCUUUGCCCUGAGUUUAUUCAAACUGAAUUGGCAUCGUCAGUGGACCCUAGAGUUCUUGGUUUAGUGGGCGGAUUCUUGCCUAUGGAAAUGGUUGUGAACGGUGCUUUUGAGCUUAUAAAAGACGAGAGUAAAGCUGGUUCAUGUUUAUGGAUUACAAACCGCAGAGGAAUGGAAUAUUGGCCCACACCCAUUGAAGAAGCGAAGUAUUUAGUGAAGUCUUCAAAGUUCAAAAGAAGAUCCUUAUAUCCGAUACAAUUUAGUCUUCAAAUACCUCAGAGUUAUGAGAAACUAGUCGUUCACAAUUUGAGUCACAAUUUCCGUAGUGCAACAAAUAUUGUGUCUACACCAUUGAGAUUGCCCAUCAAACGACAUCAUGUCCUUUUGAAAAUCAUUUAUGCUGGUGUUAAUGCUAGUGAUGUUAAUUUUAGUUCUGGCCGUUAUUUUGGGGGAAAUGAGAAGGAACUGGCCUCUCGUCUUCCAUUUGAUGCUGGUUUUGAGGCUGUGGGAAUAAUUGUUGCCUUGGGGGAUUCAGUUGAUGACUUGAAAAUUGGGACUCCUGCUGCAGUUAUGACAUUUGGGAGUUACUCUGAAUUCUUCAUGGUUCCUUCGAAACAUUGUCUCCCUGUGGAAAGAGCUGAUCCGGAGGUUUUGGCCAUGCUUACUUCAGGACUUACUGCAUCAAUUGCAUUGGAGAAGGCUGCACUGAUGGAAUCAGGAAAGACAGUCCUUGUUACUGCUGCUGCAGGGGGAACAGGACAAUUUGCGGUCCAGCUUGCAAAACUAGCUGGAAAUACAGUGGUUGCAACUUGCGGAGGUAAGGAGAAGGCUGCACUAUUGAAAGAAUUGGGAGUUGAUCGUGUCAUAGAUUAUAAAGCUGAAGAUAUUAAAACAGUUCUUAAGAAGGAAUUUCCAAAAGGUGUUGACAUUAUCUAUGAAUCUGUUGGUGGCAACAUGUUUGAUCUCUGCUUGAAUGCAUUAGCAGUCUACGGCCGGCUCAUUGUGAUUGGGAUGAUUUCUCAGUACCAAGGUACACAAGGAUGGACGCCUUCAAAUUAUACUGGACUUUGUGAGAAAAUCCUUGCAAAAAGCCAGACUGUGGCUGGGUUUUUCCUGGUCCAGUAUGCUCAUCUGUGGCAAGAACAUCUGGACAGGCUUGUUCAUCUUUUCUCCAUGGGAAAGCUUAAGGUUGCUGUGGACCCAAAGAAAUUUUUGGGCCUCAAGUCUGUUGCGGAUGCGGUUGAGUAUCUGCAUUCUGGAAAAAGUGUUGGCAAGGUAGUUGUGUGCAUGGAUCCAACAUUCGGUCAACAAGUGGCAAAACUAUGAGAGUAUGUUGCCCAUCCCUCAUGGACAUAUUCCCCCCCCCCCCCUUUCUUCCUUUCCGUUUUCAAACAAGGAGCAUGUGUUCCGAUGUUCCAGAAAUUAGAAGCUUCUCUCCAAUAGAAAAUUGCCAGACAAAUUCAGAAUAAGGAAAACCAGCAGUAGUUAGCAAGAAAACCAUAUUACUGUUGAGAGUCCAGGGUAACUAGCCAUUGACAACCAAAUGUGAAAUCCUGUGUAUAUGAUCUUCAUAAUAUAUGGGUGUAUUUAAUUGCCCUAUCAAGGUUUGUUAUGCGGUUUUCUGUUAA